AAUUAUUUACACGCAAACUGAAAGAGUGGAGUUAUGUGCAUAGCCAUUCACUUCAAAUGUAAACAACCAACAUCAUGCGUCAUUUACGAGUUCCCUAUCACUCGACUGUAGUUCAUUUAGUAGCACGUGUCAGUUUGAUUCAGAAGUAUAUAAGGCGAAGAGAUACAUAUCACUGUAUCAUUCGAUAAAUUAUUCAAACGAUCAUUUCUACAUCGAAUCUAACACAAUGAACAGAACAGCUUCCAAACAUAUAUUCACCGAAUCGAGAGCUAGACAGAAUUUCGCCAAAGAAUGUGAAGAUGCCAUCAAUAAACAAAUCAAUGUGGAACUACAGGCUGCUUAUGAUUAUAUGGCAUUCUUCACUUAUUUCGAUCGAGAUGAUGUGUCAUUUCCGAAAGCAGCUGAAUUCUUUCGAAAAGCUUCACAUGAAGAACGUGAACAUGCAGAGAAAUUGGCCAAAUAUCAGAACAAACGUGGUGGUCGUGUUCAAUACAGUGAUAUCAAGUGUCCAACUAAGACAGAAUUCAGUGGUUUGGAGGAUGCGAUGAAUACUGCAUUGUCGAUGGAGAAGGCAGUGAAUGAGUCAUUAUUGAAACUUCAUGAAAUCGCUGUGAAGAACAAUGAUCCAGCACUGACCGAUUUCAUUGAGAGUCAGUAUUUGCAUGAACAAGAAGAUGCAAUCAAACAAUUUGCUGACUAUGUGACAGAGACAGAUCGAGUUGGAAGUGGACUUGGUCAAUAUUUAUUCGACAAGAUCACACUGAAAGAAUAA